GGUAACUUUGGUGUAAUUUCCGUUUAAAGUGAAAGUUGAAUAAAUCAUAAAUUUACUUUCCUUUUUUCAAAUUUCGGAAAAUGGUAGAUUUCAAUCUGACAUUAUGAACUACGAAGAUUCUGAUAGUGAUAGUGAUAGUGACAAUGAAAAACUACAAGUCUAUGAUGGAGGCAAUGGGGAUGAAAUUGGUGCUGGAGAGCCAGCAGCCAAGAAGGCUAAGACAUCCAGUCAAUUGGAUGGGUAUACUGAUUUUGCCAAACGGAUGAUGGCAAAGAUGGGUCACACAAAAGGUUCAGGUCUAGGAAAACAUGGGCAAGGUAUUGUAGACAUCAUAGAGGCAUCCAAGCAAAGAGGACGUAGAGGCUUAGGAUUGACACUAAAAGGUUUAGAACCAGCUGAUAUUGAUUGGGAUUUUGAACAAGAAAAGAUAGUGCAAGCAGAGACAGUAGAGUGGGUACCUACUUGUACAGAGGAGAAACCAUCCAUAGAAACUUUAAGAAGUUGGAAAAAAAUAGGAAAUAAAAAGAGAACAAUAGAUGAUGAGAGCCAAUUUUGUGAUGACAAAAUUUUAAAGAUGGUUCUUAGUAGUAAGAGUAUAUUUGAUAACUUGGAACCAGAAGAAAUGAGAAGAGCUAGAACCAGAUCAAAUCCAUAUGAAACAAUAAGAGGUGCAUUUUUCCUGAACAGAGCAGCUAUGAAGAUGGCCAACAUGGAUGCCAUAUUAGACUUUAUGUUUACAAAACCAUUAGAUGUUGAUGGAAAACCAUUGAUGAAUCAUUCAGAAUUGUUAUAUUUUGCUGAUAUUUGUGCUGGUCCUGGUGGAUUCAGUGAAUAUGUACUGUGGAGGAGUAAAGCUGAAGCAAAAGGAUUUGGGAUGACAUUGAGAGGGCCAUGUGACUUUAAAUUGGAGGAUUUCUUUGCAGGUCCUGCUGAAAUGUUUGAACCAUAUUAUGGAGUGGGAGGUGCAGAAGGUGAUGGUGACAUAUUUAACCCAGAUAAUCAAGCAGCUUUCAUACAAUUUGUUAAAGAAAAUACAGAUGGAAAGGGUGUACAUUUUGUAAUGGCAGAUGGGGGAUUUUCAGUGGAAGGACAAGAGAAUAUUCAAGAAAUUUUAUCUAAGCAACUGUAUCUUUGCCAGUUUCUGGUGGCCAUCUCUAUUUUAAGGACAGGUGGUCAUUUUGUAUGCAAGCUGUUUGAUUUAUUCACACCAUUUAGCAUAGGUCUUGUAUAUUUAAUGUACAGAAUUUUUAACAAAAUCUCCAUUAUAAAACCUGUAACCAGUAGACCAGCAAAUUCUGAAAGAUAUAUAGUGUGUAAAAAUUUAUCAAAUGAUAUAGACACUGUUCGACAAUAUUUCCAUGAGAUAAAUCUUGAGUUGAAUAAACUUUUAGUAUCAACAUCUUCACAGGAUAUCAAUGAGAUAGUGCCUUAUGAUGUGUUAGAAGAAAGUGAACAAUUCUUUACAUACAUGUUUAAUUCUAACAAUACGUUAGGAAAGAUGCAGAUAGCUGGAUUAAAGAAAAUUCAAGCAUUUACUCAAAAUACAGAAUUAUAUGAAGCCAGACAAUCAGAUACUAGAAGUGAAUGUCUUGUAAAGUGGCAGGUACCAGAUGAAGUGAGAACAGCUCCUUCUAAACAGCCACCAGCAAAUGCAUUUUCAGAUUUAAUUGGGACAGAAGACACAGACUACAUUACAAAUGAUAUAGACAAACUUUCACCAACAGAUUUACAUAAUAUUAAAAGUGCAUUCGAUUAUCGCUGUUAUGUGAUAGGGAAUGUUGAGAGAAAGAGAUGGUAUAUGUUAGGCUGUGGAAGGUCACAUGUGUUUAAGUGGGAUGGUCGAGGUAAAUGGAGGAAAUUAGACGAGGACAAUAUACAUGUUGAAUUACCAGCUAAAACUUUAAUAGAAGUGGAGUUUGUUCAGGAGCUUAAAGGAGAGGGUAUGGGACAGAAAAGGUUGAUGACAGUCCAUGUUUUAGAUGCUUUAUUUUUAUAUGGUAAUGAUGUUAGAAAACUUCAUUUCACAGACAGGAUGGAGAAAUUGAAAAAGUUUGUAAAGUCUGUGACAAAGAAGACCAGACCAAAUUUGACACCUAUUAUUGCUCCAAAUGUCUACAGGUUUGAGCAGAUAGGACAGAUAUUUGAAAGAUUAGAAUAUAAAAGAGUGAAAGGUUCAGGUCAACCUCGUUUGUGUUAUUUCCCACCAGAAAGGCCUGAUGAAAGAUGUUUCCUUCCUACUGGUGUUUGUAUUAUGAAGACUGUGAAAGAACCCUGGACAAUUGCCCUGAGUAAAUCUGCAAACAGGAAAUAUUUUUACAACCUGACAUCCAGGUCAUCUACAUUUGAAGCACCUCCAGAUAGUGUAGCUUCAGCUAGAGAAUGUAAACUGAACAGUUAUAGAUGGGACUUUGAAAUAGGAGUAAAGAUUCAUCCAAAUCAAACAUUUGAACCAGACAAUAACAAGAUUUCAUUGACUGACAUGUUGAGCCACAUACAGAAAAUAAUGCCACAUUGAAAUUCUCUGACAGAAGUUUUUAGAAUAAUGAUUUGUUUGAAAGUUAGUUUGACGAUGAGAAGGGCGAAAGAAAUAUUUGUUAGUAAUGCGAGAAUACCCAAUGUGUUCAUAUUUUAUGUUUCAAAGUUCAGAAUACUGUAGUUAUGGUCAUGGACUAAACAAGGUCAUAGUGUUGGUGACCUUUACCAUAAGUACCUGCCCAUAGUUGCAUCCAUAGAAUGAGGGUAUUGGUAUCUGGCACUUUGAAUUUUUUUUUCAUAUAUUAUGAAAAGAUGAAGAUGCUCACAGUUUGAAUCAAAUUUAAUGCAGGAAACCAGGCAAUAAAGGAAUUUUGUUCUAAUUAAUGAAGUGGUUGGAUAUUAGCUCUAGCUAAUAGGACCAUUAUUAGCUGUAUUUAUCACAAAACAUAUUUUGCGUGCUCUGACCAUCAGAAAGUGUUAAAAACAUUGUUUUUCUGUUGAACACAAAUGACCUGAAUAUUCAAGUCACUUGUUAUUUUUAAUCAUGUAUUGGUUUUGUUUUCAGAAGCAUAACGCUUUUUAUUCAUACUCAUAUCAUAUAGAUCAGAUUAGAUAACAUAGUUUUUACUCAUUAUGAAACAUACUUUUAAAACAUCUAGCAUUCUUUACAUUUUUCACUGAUAAAAGAAAAUUACACACCCUUUAUUGGAAUCACUUUAUCCGUCCAAUUUUUAUGCCCCCGCUGUAGCGGAGGGGGCAUUAAGUUUAACCCUUGUCCGUCUGUACGUCCGUACGUCCCACAAUUGGUUUCCGUUAUCUAACAUUAGUUUGCCUCAACCAAAUGUUAUGAAACUUAUACACAAUGCUUAUUACCACAAAACACAUAUCAAGUUUGAAUUUUGGUGGCAUCACUUUUACUGUUCUAGAGUUAUGCCCCUUUACAAAUAAAUAAAUUCCUGAAUUUUUCGUUUCCGUUCUUUAACUUUAGUUUGCCUUAACCAAAUGUUAUGAAACUUAUACACAAUGCUCAAUACCACAAAACACAGAUCAAGUUUGAGUUUUGGUGGGGUCACUUUUACAGUUCUAGAGUUAUGCCCCUUUUCAAACAUUGAUACUGAAAGUAUGUUAUUAAUUGAUUAAGGGUGACUGAAAUAAAAAGAUAUGGAAAUCUAGAGUCCAUUUGUAUUAAUAUAUGAUAAUAAUAAGUUUGUUGGUGAACUUAUAAGUUGCCGAGAUUUCAUAAUUAUAUACGAUGGCUUGGUUGUCUGACAAAGCAUGAAUAUUUCUAGACUCUGAUUAAAUAAGAAAAUGGACAGGGAUAGCUGCAGAACACAGUAAAACCUAAUUAAAGAAUAUUGUGCAAGUUGGCACAUCCUUAAUUCUGAAUUAAAUCUAUAUUUUUGGUCUCCUCAGUCCUGAGUAAAUAAGAAAAUGGACAGGGGUAGCUGUAGAACACAGUAAAAAACUAAUUAAAGAAAUAUGCACAAGUUUGCACAUCCUCAGCUCUGAAAGAAAUCUAAAGAAAUCUAAAGAAAUCUAAUUGGGUAUGAAUAACUGACAUAUGCUAGCAAAGACAAAUGACAAUGUGUAGAUUAUGCAUUGUGCUAAGCAAAAUUUGCACAUAGAAGAUUGUAAUGCAUUUAAGAAACAGCUUCUACUAUUGUCAUAAAUCAUAAAACAUAUAACUGUAAUGACCAUAUAGUUUUUUGUCUCUUCUGCCAAGAAAGUCGCAGAAAGCGAGACAUAGGGAUUGCUUUUCCGGCAACGGCUGCGGUGACGGCAUCAACAAUUGUUAAGUUUUCAGCUUAAGUUAGUUUGAUAAGAAUUACUUGUGAUAGAUCAUUGAUAUUUUAUACAAAGUUGCAUUACUAUCAGUACAUAUCAGUUUGACGACUAUUUCCAAAUCCUGCCCCCUAGGUCAUAGUCCAGAAACUUUGAAUUAAUUAUCAAUUUUCAAUGUCAAGUUUUUCUGCUUAAGUUAGUUUGAUAGGAAAUACUUGUGAUAGAUCAAUGAUAUUUAAUAUUAAGUUGCAUUACUAUCAGUACAUAUCAGUUUGACACCUAUUUCAAGGCCCUACCCCCUAGGUCAUGGUCCAGUGACUUUGAAAUAAUUAGCAAUUUUCAAUGUUAAGUUUUCUGCUUAAGUUAGUUUGAUAGGAAAUACUUGUGAUAGAUCAAUGAUAUUUAAUAUAAAGUUGUAUUACUAUCAGUACAUAUCAGUUUGACAACUAUUUUGAGGCCCUGCCCCUACGUCAUGCUACAGUGACUUUGAUUUGAAUUAAUUAGCAAAAAGUAAAAUAACCAAAAUACCGAACUCCAAGGAAAAUUCAAAUUGGAAAGUCCCUUAUCAAAUGGCAAAUUCAAAUGCUCAAACACAUCAAACGAAUGGAAAACAAAUGUCAUAUUCCUGACUUGGUACAGGCAUUUCCUUAUGUUGAAAAUGGUGGAUUAAACCUGGUUUUAUAGCUAGCUAAACCUCUCACUUGUAUGACAGUGGCUUAAAGUUGCAUUUCUAUCAGUACAUAUCCUGGGUCGGGUGCCUGGUACUGGUGUGGUUCAUAAGUGUUUCUUGUUUCUCGUUUUUUAUAUAGAUUGGACCGUUGGUUUUCCUGUUUGAAUGGUUUUACACUAGUCAUUUUUGGGGCCCUUUAUAGCUUGCUGUUUGGUGUGAGCCAAGGCUCCAUGUUGAAGGCCGUACUUUGACUUAUAAUGGUUUACUUUUACAAAUUGUGACUUGGAUGGAAAGUUGUCUCCUUGGCACUCAUUACACAUCUUCUUAUAUCUAAAUAUCAGUUAGACGAUUAUUUUCAGGCCCUGCAUACUAGAUAACGGUCCAGCGAAUGAAUUCUAAAUCAUGUUGCUGUCCAUCAGAUUAUCUUUUACAAAAUUAUAUGCCGACAGGUGAGACAUAUCUCUGUGUCAACAGUUUAUGUUACUUGCUGUUUGUUGUUAUGGCUUUUGAGAUAAAAAUAAAGCAAUUGAUCUGUAAA